AUGACUUUCGUAUUCUGGGGCCCAAUUCAAUUUGUCUCCUUGCGAGCAUUUACCAUUGAACGAGAAUCAAAUCGUCUAUCGCCAGUUCAAUCAACCAGGAUCAAAGCGGUGAAAGCUGCAUUCCAGCACGCCUGGAACGGAUAUUCCGAAUAUUGCUUCGGUCACGACACGCUACAUCCUGUGACGAAUACGUGCGAGGAUGACUUUGGUGGUUACGGCGCUACAGCCAUCGACUCAUUACCUACUGCGAUCAUGUUCGAGAACAAGAAUGUGACCAGCCAAAUCCUGGAUUUCAUCGCCGCUCUUGAUUUCAAGUCAGUCAAAGGUGGUAGUCGGAUCCAGGUAUUUGAAGUCACUAUUCGACAUUUCGCUGCAAUGAUAUCAGCGUGGGACUUGCUUAAUGGUCCUUUCUCACAUAUGACCAAUGAUCCAGAUCUCAUUGAAGCUUUGUACGCUCAAAUGAUAACACUGGGAGAUGUCCUUAGCUGCGCCUUCGACAGCCCCAGUGGCGUUCCCCGUGAAUGGGUCGAUCCUGUAUUAUGUCAGUCAGACAAAGGAACUCAAAAUACCAUAGCUGGUGCUGGGACAAUGAUACUCGAAUUCGCAAGGUUGUCAAAUAUCACUGGUAACCCGAAAUAUGCCAAUCUAGCGCAGAAAGCCGAAGAUUACUUGUUGAAGCCACAGCCAGCAUCUGGGGAGCCGUACCCGGGGCUUCUCGGAUCUUUCAUCAAUGUCAACAACGGGGAGAUUCUAGGAUCGCAAGGCAGCUGGGGUGCUCUUGCAGAUUCUUUCUAUGAAUAUCUAUUGAAAGCAUAUCUAUACAACAGCAAUAUGUACGGGCUUUACCUGGAGCGAUGGCUCAUUGCAGCAGACUCGACAAUUCGUUUCGUUGGAUCACACCCUCACGGGCAUCCGGAGUGGACACUCUUGCCAUACUGGAACGGACAAAUAUUGCAGAAUCAGAUGGAGUCACUAUCCUGGUUCGCUGGCGGAAACUUCAUUCUUGGAGGAAUGGUCACGAACAACCAGACUCUGGUAGACUAUGGCCUCUCGAUAGCCGACGCAGCAGGUGCUGUAUAUAAUGCAACUCAAACUGGGCUUGGAGGAGAGUUUGUCACCUGGGACACCAGUUGCGAGGCCAGUGAAACUGAUUCUUGCGGUUCCAAAAACUCCAUUCGCAUCUCUGACGGCAGAUUUCGCUUGAGACCUGAGGUCUUGGAGACUUGGUACUAUGCUUAUCGAGCCACGAAAGACGAGAAGUAUAGAGAUUGGUCGUGGACUGCUUUCGAAGCCAUAAAUCGCUAUUGCCGCACAGAAACAGGAUUCAGUUCCCUUACUGACGUUGAUGCUGCGGAAGGAGGCAGCAAGGGUAACGUCCAGGAGAGCUUCGUCUUCGCUGAGGUGAUGAAGUAUGUGUAUCUAUCGCACUGGGAGGAUGCACCGUACCAUGUGCAGGAUAGCCGGACUGGGGUCAAGAACACAUGA